CGCACGGUGGGCGAAGGUUACACGCCCUCUCUGGUUGUGGAUGGAUACAGCCAGCAAUACGUAUCAUUACCUCCUGACGAAGGGGCUCAAGGGUUCCCGGGAGUCAUGGCUAAAGCGCUGUUGGUUUCUCGGACAAGGAUGCGAAAAAAGACAGGACCCGGAGAUUGCUUAGUUUCCCACGUUCCUUUGGACCCCUUCCGUCAGUCAGGUAGCUUCACACAAGCUGUGAACGGCUGGCGGGGUUCCGAGAGUUCGGUCGAGCAGUUAUGUCGGGAUUUGGAGCGUCACUGCCUGUCAGUCUACGAAAGCUCCAGUGCAGCUUCGACCUUAUUGGGAAGUGACAGUGCGCAUUCGCAUAUCGAAACUGUCCAGCAACAGGUCGUGCAACCCCUUUUUGGAAGCGCGAGAGUGCUUUACGCGAAGAAACGCGUCGCAUCGCGUAGCUAUAGCUGGCCACCAUUGUUUAUCUUCGUCCGUUUGUUCAGCGUUCAAUGA